CCUGUACUGAACACAUGGCAUUUGCUCCCUCUUCUUUAUUUUUCUUGUGCGCACCGUGUCCUUUGGGUUCUUUCAUACACGGGAUAAUUUUGUCCUUUUUUAACUUUUGUUCAAUGUUUUUUUCUGUCUUGUGUUAUUUCGCAUCACUCUACCCACGGAACUAGCUCGUGUACCUUUGCGCGCGCUUCACUUCUCGAUUGUCGAUCUCGAAUACAGACCACUACUCGCAAGAUGGCGCGCACUAAGCAAAGAACGCCUUUACAACGAGCACCCUCGUCCGAUAUCAUGCAAGCGCCUCCGGAUCUACCUGAGCCUAUAAUCAAGGACCAGAAUGGCCACGCAACACCAGCCAAGGCUGUUGCGAAUGGUAGUGCGCACGCAAAGACCAGCGGUGGUGCGCCUGCCACGGAGAGUGAGCCGGGGUUGAUGCAGCUAGCCGUCUGUGUUGGCGGAAUAUAUGCUUCAUUUCUCUUAUGGGGCCUUCUCCAAGAAGCCAUCACAACAACACCCUAUCCCUCCCGCGAAAUUACUGUCAUUGACCCCAACCCUCCCACCGAGCGAUUCACCUUCUCCAUUGUCCUCAACACAAUUCAGUCGUGCUUUGCAGCAUUCAGUGGCUUUCUGUACCUCUACUUUUCCACCCCUAAAAACCAAAAGGUGCCGUCCGUUUUCCCGAAUCGCCAAAUCCUCUUUCCCUUGAUCCUCGUGGCUAUAUCGUCCUCUUUGGCCUCGCCUUUUGGCUAUGCGGGCCUCAACCACAUUGACUAUUUGACAUUCAUCUUGGCCAAGUCGUGCAAAUUGGUUCCCGUGAUGCUUCUCCACUUGACUAUCUUCCGCAAGCGAUACCCAUUGUACAAGUACGUGGUCGUUAUGCUGGUCACGCUCGGGGUUGCAACAUUCACCCUAUACCACCCGGGAACGAGCAAAAAGAUGGCUUUGUCGACACAUAGCGGCCAGACGACAUACGGGCUAUUCCUUCUCUUCAUCAACCUGCUUCUUGACGGCCUCACCAACGCUACCCAAGAUCACAUCUUUGCAUCGCCGAAUCUUUAUACGCGAUACACUGGACCCCAAAUGAUGGUUGCGCAGAAUGUCCUUGCCACUGUUCUCACUACCUCAUACCUGCUUCUUGCCCCGUACCUUUCAGCAGACAAUGCUAUUGCAUCCGCACUUCCCCUGCAAAUCCCUCCUUCAGCGGGCCUGGAAUUGUCUUCUGCGAUUUCAUUCCUGCAGCGUCACCCGCAGACUCUCAAACAUGUGCUCGGGUUCUCUGUAUGCGGUGCGGUUGGUCAGGUCUUCAUCUACUACACGCUCUCCAAGUUUUCGUCCCUUCUUCUUGUCACCGUGACGGUCACGAGGAAGAUGCUAAGCAUGAUUAUUAGCGUGUUUUGGUUUGGGCAUUCGUUGUCAAGUGGGCAAUGGUUAGGAGUUGGCCUUGUUUUUGGCGGCGUUGGUGCUGAGGGUUAUGUGCAACGACAGGAAAAGAAAACCAGGGAGCGAGCAAAGGCCGAAGCGGCUGCUAACGGCAAGAAGAAACUGUAAUGUGCUAUCUUGUAUGUAUAGACUAUAUAUUCAUAGAUUUAGAUCAAUUGUAUUUUAUUGUAUUUCAA